ACUUAAAAUGAAUAUAUUUUAAAUUUGAAUUGUAAACAAUUGGAAAUACCUACUAUUUAGGUAAAUAAUCAAACCAUCUUUAUUACUUUUAUAUUAUACUUUUAGAAAAUUAAUGUAUUUUAAAUGUUAAAGAUUUGAGAACAAAAAUUGAAUAUAUUUUGACAUAUGGCGCGUGCAAUCUAGUGAAAGCAAAAACUGUGAUGAAGGCCAACGAAGUAGACCAACGUGUCAUAUGUUACAGGAACUGCGAUGUUGGUUGUGGCACUGAUAAUGCCUGUCAUCAACGUUGUAAGAAAAAUUGCGGUUACCCACCCUUGAAGAAUUUUCAGUCAUCGCAUACAAGGGACAACGAGGUAGACCAACGUGUCAUAUGUUACCGGAACUGCGAUGUUGGUUGUGGCACUGAUAAUGUGUGUCAUCAACGUUGUAAGAAAAGUUGUGGUUACCCACCGUUGAUGAAUUUUCAGUAUUCCGAUACAAGGGCCAACGAAGUAGAUCAACGUGUCAUAUGUUACCGGAACUGCGAUGUUGGUUGUGGCACUGAUAAUGCAUGUCAUCAACAUUGUAAGAAAACUUGUGGUUAUCCACCCUUGAUGAAUAUUCAUCUAUGAUUUGUUGAGAUUCAAAAGUCAUGGACUUGUGAAACUUUUAUUAUAUAAUUAUCUUCGUGAUUUAGUUGUUUAUUUCUUGAGUUUUUAUAUGUUGGGGUUGUAAUUGGCAUGAAAAGAUUCUAUAUAAACAUACUAAAAUCAAACAAAGCGAUUACUUUCAU